GUGCAACGGGCAGAGUUGCCCACUGUCAAAUCAUGUACAUUUGGACCCAAGAACAUGCUUGAAGAAUUUAGACAAGGCCUAGGCUAUGUCUGUCAUGCCUGUAAUUUUCAUGACCCAUUUUCUGGUGUUUAGACCAAUGUUAAACCCACCAUGAUUAUCUUCAGUUGAUCAUUUAGGCCUAUCUGCUUAGGAUUCGGAUCAUUAGGUGUCGGUCACUUUGCCCCAUUUCCACUUCGCCCCAUCCACAAUUCGCCCCAUUUCCACUUCACACCAUUUCUAUUUCGCCCCAUUUUCCACUUUGCCCCAACGAUUAUUGUUCAUUCUGUUCUUUAGUAACAGAGAUAGGCCUAUACAUGGAGCUAUAGGCCCAGAUGGAACAAAUGAAAACAUCGCCAUUUGAGCAACCAAAUAACGGUGGGAGAAUCCAACUUGCAAAGGCCAAAACAAUGCUUUCGAUUUCCUGACCAGCCCUAAUUUUUUGGUUGACCAAGCAGUAGUAAACCAUGGAUACGCCACAUUACUCUGAGUCAGAACUGACAUCAGAGUCUGGAGUAGGGAGAUCACCAGAACCAAAUGUCGACCUGGGCUACAAUGACAUCUCUCCACAAAAUGUCAGCGAGCUGUUUGUCACUCCAAACACCGGGUCCAGGCCAGCGCAAAGUGCCCCAGCCACUCUACAGACCACUCCGUUUGACGCCAUCUCGGCUGCGUUUCUGGAGAGCGCUUCCCCUCCGGUCCACUUACUGCCCGGCCCUGAUGAGGAGCCGCCUUCCAGACAGAAUGGGGCAGCCAAGACGGUCACGUUUGCUGGCACGCCGCAGUAUUUCCAGGCCACCAAGGCUGCCCAGAGGCGGGGCCUUGACCUGAAAGCCAGGCUUUAUGAUCGACCACAGGAUGCGCAGGUGUAUCAGACUAUUCGUCCUGCUGGGAUGCAGAGCAAGAAGAUUCAAAAUGGAGUCAUUGGAACAUCAAAUGUGCCUGUGGUACCACGCCCUCCACCCUCCAGAGUCCCCGCCCCCGGGGGAGCCCUGCGCACCACCCUCUUCAAGCGAGAUCAUGCCAGGAUCCGUAUGAAGAGACAAGGCAGCAAGUCGUCCCUGCUGGAGGAAGAGACUAAGCAGCAGAAGCAAGACAGACUUGGAAGUGAACCUGCAGCUUCACGGGAUACAGAACCAAAAAGUACAACAGGACAAGCCACGCCAGACGAGAUACAGUUCCUUGAUGUGCACAAGCCAACAGCCCAGCACUCACUUACGGACAAACACCCAGUUGCUACUGGAAUGUCCGUCGCCCCUACCUCCCCUCUGAUGCAGCUUACAAAGAAAGAGUUCACCCCUGACCCCUCAGUGACCUCUGACACAGGCGAUCCACCCUCCCCUCCUUCUUCCCCAUCCGGUUCCAGAAAGCAAGACCCCAAGCUGGUGUUCAUGUACUUGAAGACAAACAAAUUUGAUGAUACUCCACCAGAAAUAGACAGCUUGACGUAUCACCUGCGCAGAAUGAGAAAUGCCAUGGAGUUAGUGGUUGAUCUACCAAGACAUGGGCCCACAGUCAAGGAAGAAAUGAUUGGCAUUGAAGACAGGCUCCUUGAACCAGCCAAGCAUAGUAUUGAGGCCCAGCUGAAAUCCAAGCAAAAGCAUUUAUUUGGGAGGCCUGAGGAUCCUGGUGAGUUCGUUUACGCUCUCCCCCGUGAUCGUCGCAACCCUAGGGGGCGCUAUAACCCUUACAGCCUUCAGGUAGUAUCACCCCAGGAAGCCAGGACUUCAAGGAUGUAUUUCACGGCCAGUGCGACGGCUGUCACCGUGUGCAUUCAAGAGAGUGAGGACGAAGAAUAUGAAGAGUUAACGCCUACUAUGCAGUGGUUGUAUGAAAGGCGACUUUUCCAUGCUAUCUUUGAUCUACCCGUCUUUGUCAAGUUCAGGAUUUGGAAGGCCUUUAAAAUGUGGAAGAGCAAUGUCAGAGCUCUCAAGAAAUCCAGUAGCAAGACCGUGAUGCACCAGCAGCUCUUCACAGCCAACGAGAUCCUGCAGCGUUGCCUGCUGCACAUCCGCAGCCAGUGCGAAGCAGCCUGCAGCAGUCUUAGUGGCGAGGGGGACGAAGACAAGGCCGUCACCUUGCUCCAGCUGGAUUCCCGCUGCACGCUGACGCUGGAGGAGUUCUGUGUGGCCCAGGCCCAACAGUGUGACGUGGCCUUGCUCAAACUUAUGCACAUGAGAGAUAAGAUUGUGCGGCUCGCAUUUGAGUGCUGUGCGAAAGUAGCUGAAAUGGAAGGUGUCACUCAGACACUGCUUCCAAACUCAGGCCCACUGACCAAGAAGGUUGACCCAUCUAAAAACAAGAGCAAUGCAGCUGCCAAGAAAACAGGAGAUAAACAAAAAAAAACUGGCCCAUCGUACACUGACAUGGCUGAAUGGCGUAGCAUCCUGGCUCGCCUGUCCUGUUUUCUGCGGGCGGCAGAUUACCUCAUCCUAGAGAUGCUCCACCGGCUGGUCAAGACGGCUGUGCGAGCCCUGAAAGGUUUUCUGAGCACCUCGGUCAGCACUGGCCAAGACCUGGCCAAGAAAGACGAGGACAGUGACGAGGAGGAUGGAGAAGGCUUUGUGCUGAGAAAGAGAACUACUGGUUUCUCAAGGAGACUAGGCAUGCUAACAGACAGCGAGGAUGAAUCCAGGCCUGCCUCUGCUGCCGAGGACAAGACUGUUCAUUAUGACUUUGAUAAGCAAGAGGAGGAAGUGGCACCCAUUGAUAUAGACCAGGUUCUGGAAGACAUCAAGCAGCAGGAGUUUGUUGAGAUGCCCCCGGAGCCAGUCUUUGAGGUCCAGCUGGUGCUGAAUGUACCAGAGCUGAAGAGGGCUAGUUCAAAGACAACGUCCAAUUCCAGGAAGUCGUCUCAUUCUAGAGCCAGUCGUAGCAUCAGUAAGUCCAUGUCUUCUCUCAAGAAGAAGAUGGUGACAUUCCCUGAUCAAGAGCCACUCACAAGUAGCAGCGAGAGCGAGACUGACAGCUCAGAUGAGAGUGAUGCUGAUGAAUUCGGCGCUGGCAAUACAGACAACGAAGAUGUUGAAGUCAAAACGGAGAGAUUUGAUGAAGAAAGCAUGUAUGCUUACCCAGAAAGAACGCCUCGGACAGAGAAGAAAGACGACACUUGUAAGGUGUUUGUCAGCUUGGCACCAAAUGAGACACAGUUCAUGUCCAAGAUCAGAGGAAUCAUUGCUGGCUUAGAGCACACAGUUGGCCAAUUUGGUGCCCUACAACGCGACCCCUAUCUCUCCGUCUUCUGGUGCCCACCUCGCUACGACCUCAAGCUGUCCAUGCCCGUCCAGGAGGAGGACGAUACCAAGAGGCCGUGGCCAGACUUGGAAUUGCUCUUUGGGGAAGAUCCAGAGUACAGGACAAUGGUGCAGGAUGUGCUUAGACUGGUGGGCGAGAAUGUGGGCAACGUAAUGGAGUACAGCAAGAAUUUUGAGCAGUACUGUGAGAUGGUCCAUGCUGCUCGUCAAGUAGAUGUAGAACACUCUAUGAGCAAACAUGUCUGGACUCCAGAGGAAUUCCACCAUGUUCUCUCUACCCACACUGAAAUGAUCCGUUCCAUGACAGGGAUGGAGGUUCAGCGACGGCGCGGCAUGGUCACGGUGCUUGGAGAGAACUUCAAGCAGGCCUGCUUUCCAUACCCCAAUGAGGUGCUGGAAGCCAUCCGAGCCAGGCUACCAGUCAUUGCCAAUGAGAGAAACGAGAAUCUGAUCAAGGUUAUCAAGGGUGCAUCUAAGAAGCUGGACCACCCUCCCCAAUCUGUGGAGGAGUUCGUAGAACACCUGGCCUUCCUCUCUCACACCGCCUCUGAGCUGUCCAAGCUCGACGAGGAGUACAACGUGGUCACCAGGCUCUUCACCAUCGCCAGGAAUUUCAACAUGCCCAUCCAGCCAGAGGAGCUGGCCCUCUACCAGACUCUCAUGCCCAGUUUCACACAUCUGAAGACUGUUAUCAUCUACUGUGAAGCCAAGAAAGAUGAAAACAUAAGUAAAUUCAGUGAUGACCUAAAUACCCACAUACAGGCUCUGCAGGCUGAGACUUACGACAUCCGUAACCUUGUCCAAGAACCCACUCUCCUGAGCUCAGACACUCUGCCUGUGGUAGCCCUGGAGAACCUGAAGCUUCUUCAAGACAGUCUCAGCACCCUGACCAUCAAGGCUCGAAGCUACGCUAGCUACCAAGACCGCUUCGGCAGCUCCAUAUCCCGCCAGUCUAAACUCAAAGGAAUCGCUGAUGAGGCCCUCAUAUCCGAUUACUCGGAUAGUGGCGUCAGCGCUCAGCAGGUCUUGAAUGACCUCUCGGAGGUGGAACGUGACCUUCAGCUGCGUCGCUUGCUGUGGGAGAGCACGGAGGAGUGGAGCAGACUCGUGGAUGAGUGGACCGCCAGCCAGUUUGACAAGCUGAACGUGGAUGUGGUGCAGAAGAACGUCAACAGGUUCACCCAGACUGUCUACAUGCUUGAGAAGGGUCUACCUCCCAAUGAGGUCUUGCCUCGGCUCAAGGAGCGAGUGAUUGAUUUCAAGCAGGGCAUGCCUAUCAUGACAGCGCUGCGCAACCCGGCCCUGAGACCACGCCACUGGCAGGAGAUACAGGACCUGAUUGGCAGACACAUUGUGCGCGAUAAGAACUUCACACUGGGCAAGUUCAUGGAUCUUCAGUUGUUUCAAUACAAGGACAAAAUCAAUGACAUCUCCACGCAGGCCAGCAAUGAAGCCACACUGGAAAUUAUGCUCAACAAGGUGAUUGACCUUUGGCAGAGUACCGAUUUCCGCCUGAUCCCUCACAGCAACAGAGACUUCAUGAUAAUUGCUGGUGCCGACGACAUCACCCAGCAGCUGGAGGAGAGCCAGGUCACCAUAGCAACCAUCCGAGGCUCCCGAUUUGUCUCUCCAAUCAAAGCUUUAGUUGAAGAGUGGGAUCGUAAGCUGAACGUCUUCUCGCGGACCUUGGACGAGUGGAUGAAUUGCCAGCGUAACUGGCUCUAUCUGGAGCAGAUCUUUCUGGCCCCAGAUAUACAGAGGCAGUUACCCAGUGAGGCCAAGCUGUUCGCGGCAGUGGAUAAAUCCUGGAAGGACAUCAUGCGACGCACGGAGGACAGACCCAAUGCCCUGAGGGCUGCCGUAGCACCUGGGGUACUUGAGAUACUGCAGACAAACAACUCCAAUUUGGAGAAGAUUCACAAGUGUCUUGAGGAUUAUCUGGAGACUAAGCGCCUGGUCUUCCCUCGUUUCUACUUCCUAAGUAACGAUGAGUUGCUGGACAUUCUAGCUCAGAGCAAGAACCCUGAUGCUGUUCAGCCGCAUCUGGUGAAAUGCUUUGGUAACAUCAAGAGCCUGGAGAUAGUGAGAGAACCCAAGCUACCGCCCACGGUCAGGACUAUGAUCUCCGCAGAGGGUGAGAUCAUACUCAUGCCAAAGAAUGUCCGUGCCCGUGGUCCAGUAGAACAAUGGCUAGGUAGCGUGGAGUCAGCCAUGUUUGACACAGUCAAAAGAUGUAUGAAAUUUGCAAUGAUGGAUCGACGACUGCAGAGUGCAUGGCCAGACCGGGGCGCCUACUCUCUCGAAAACUUCAAAGAGUGUGUUCACCGAUGGGGCCGUAACCUCCAGGAUUGGGUCUUGAGUCACCCGGGUCAAGUGGUUCUGACUGUGGUGCAAAUCAUGUUCAACCGUGACGUAGUCGCAAGCCUGGAGUCCACCAAUUCCGGCUCCUCCCUGAUUGAGACCAGAGACAAGCUGGUAUUCCGUCUGAACACCCUGGCUGGUAUGGUCACCAAGCCCCUAAGCUCCUACCAGCGACACAGCGUAGAGGCACUUAUCACCAUUGUGGUGCAUGCCAGAGACAUCCUGAACCGCCUGAUUGAGGAGAAGGUGCGUCGCAGCGACGACUUUGAUUGGACGAGGCAACUGCGCUAUGAAUGGGACGAACAGCAUAAUACGUGCAUGGUGCAGCAGGCCAACGCUUCCUUCCAGUACGGCUACGAAUACCUCGGCUGCUCCAGCCGUCUGGUCAUUACUCCCCUGACUGACCGCUGCUAUCUGACCCUGACCGGUGCCCUGUACCUGCAUCUGGGUGGUUCCCCGGCUGGGCCGGCUGGCACAGGCAAGACUGAGACAGUGAAGGAUCUGGCCAAGGCUGUAGGCAAACAGUGUCUGGUGUUCAACUGCUCAGAGGGCUUAGACUACAAGAUGAUGGGCAAGUUCUUCUCGGGUCAGGCACAGUCUGGCAGCUGGUGUUGCUUUGAUGAGUUCAAUCGUAUAGACCUGGAGGUGCUCUCUGUGAUUGCCCAACAGCUGCAUAGCAUCAAGACUGCCAAGGAUCAGAAUGCUCUCAGGUUUGUCUUUGAGGGUCGAGACAUUCGGCUCAACAGCACAUGUGGUGUUUUCAUCACAAUGAAUCCUGGCUAUGCCGGGCGUGUUGAAUUGCCUGACAAUCUGAAGUCUCUGUUCCGUCCUGUGUCCAUGAUGGUGCCAGACUACGCCUUGAUCGCCGAGAUCAUGCUGUUCUCGGAGGGUUUCACCUCGGCCAAGUCCCUGUCCAAUAAGAUUGUGAAUCUGUACCAACUGGCCAGCAAGCAGCUGUCACAGCAGGACCAUUAUGACUUUGGCAUGCGUGCCAUCAAGUCAGUCUUGGUCAUGGCCGGACAGAAGAAGCGACAGAUGCAGUCAGAACAACAGCACGUUGCCCUGUCUGAGGAGCAGGAGGCCUUUAUUCUCAUCCAUUCCCUGCGGGAUGCUAACCUACCCAAGUUCCUGGCGGAGGACGUGCCGCUGUUUGAGAGUAUCCUGGCAGACCUCUUCCCUGGUAUCAGUCCACCAGCUCCUGACUCGGGAGCCCUGGAGAAAGCGAUUUCCAUGGCGAUCCGCGACUUAGGGCUCCAACACUGGCCCGGCCAGAUUGACAAGGUCAAGCAGCUUCACAGCCAGAUCCUGGUGAGGCAUGGCGUCAUGUUGGUCGGUCCAACAGGAGGAGGGAAGUCAGCUGUCCGUACCAUCUUACAGAGGGCCUUAGUGCUGCUACCUACCAUACACAUAGGAGAGGCAGACCAGUCUGGGCUGCAGAUUAUAAAAACCUACGGCAAGAAGGGCCGGGUGGAGACGUUUGCCAUCAACCCCAAGUGUGUCAAGAUGGGCGAGCUGUACGGCCAGACCAACCCAAACACCCUGGAGUGGACCGAUGGCUUGCUGGCUUCCGCCGUCCGGCGCUUUGCCAAGGAAGCCGCCGAGAUAAGCCAGGGAGGGGAAGACCAAGACAGGUCCACCACCAUGGGGAGCGUCACACCUAGGGGAGAAAGACCAAGCUCACAGUUAACAACUCCCAGAACCCCCCAGUCCCUGGCCGCCGACUCCCACAAUCCCCAGGACAGUGGGCUGGCCGAUGAGCACAAGCUCCUGGAGGAGAGCAGCGACAGGACCCCGGCCGGCCAGGGGGGCGAUGAGAUCCCCCAGGACUGGCAGUGGCUGGUGCUGGACGGGCCCGUGGACACGCUGUGGGUGGAGAACCUGAACACGGUGCUGGAUGACAGCCGGCUGCUGUGCCUGGCCAACGGGGAGAGGGUGGGCCUCACCCCGGGGAUGAGGCUUCUCUUUGAGGUGGACAAUCUGUCCCAGGCCAGCCCCGCCACCAUCAGUAGAUGUGCUAUGGUGUACUUGGACCCAGUGGAUUUAGGUUGGAGGCCAUAUGUCAGGACCUGGCUGUCCAAACUCCCCAGAGACAUUCCUGAGAGCGGCAAACGCCACCUCCACGAACUUUUUGAGAAGAGCGUGGACAAGGGGUUAGAGUUUAUGCGACUCUACUCGGCUUAUCAGAUCGUAGCAGCCACCGACAUGAGCAUCGUGGCCAUGCUGUGCCAUCUGCUGCAUGCUUUCCUGGAUUUCCUGGGCAAGAACGGGGGCUAUGGCAACCCAGAUGAAGAGCGUCCAGCAAGUGCCGACAGCUCAGGUCGCCCCGCUUCUCGCUCCAACGGAAGACGAGGAUCAAGAAGGGAAGAGAAGAAGAAAGAGAAGGAGAAAGAAAAAGAACGCAAGGAGAAGCUGAGACAGCAAUCUAAACACAGCUCAAAGGAAUGGUACUUGGUAAAGUACCCAGAUCAGUUACUGACCUUACUCGGCAAGAUCUUUGUCUUCUGUUAUACCUGGUCUGUGGGUGGCAACCUGAAGAGGGAAGAUGACAGUGAAGACGAUGGUGGCAUCUCAGUAGCCCCUCGGAUGCCCGGGGGAGGGGGUGGAGCUAAGGGAAAGAAGGUGGAAGUCCCUGACCUCAACAUUGCCUACGAGUUUGACACCUUUGUGCAUGAUAUGUUUGACACAGAGCCACCUCUGGGUGUGCGUUUGCCCUCUGGUAGCCGUACCAUCUUCCACUAUUUCGUCAGCGCCGAGAGCGGCAAGUUUGUGCCCUGGGACGAGCUGGUGCCGUCCACCAAGUCCCUGAUUGACAAGGGGGUCAGUCACGUGUCCCUGGGGGAACAGAUGGGGCUGACCACCCAGAUGAGCAAGAAAGCCACGCGGGAGGAUAACGAGCUGGUGCCCACAGUGGAUACCGUCCGCUACUCCUUCCUGGCCGGGUUGCUUCUGGUCAACAGACACCCAGUCUUGCUCACAGGCGAUUCUGGUGUAGGCAAAUCGGCCAUUAUCAACCACAUGCUGAAACUCUUGAGCAAAGAGAAAGGGGCCACCACUCAGCUGGGUACCAUCCUGGGGGAUGUCUUCCAUUACUCUGAGAGGGGCACCAACAUCCUAUCCAAUAUCAGUGCCUUGACAGCUGGGAUACUAGGAGAAGAUGACGGAGACAGCGGUCUUGGCGUAGCAGACACCAUGGACUUGACCUUCAUCACUGGUCAAGUACGGCGCCCCACCAGUGGUAUGGUAGCCACCACUCUACAGCUGAGUGCCCAGACCACGGCGGCUAGGGUACGGGCACAGAUUGAGCACAAGCUGAUCAAGAAGGGACGAGACACCAUGGUGGGGCCACGAGGCAAGAAGGUUCUGGUCUUUGUGGACGAUCUCAACCUUCCCGCCCCUGAAGCCUAUGGAGCCCAGCCCCCACUGGAACUGCUGAGACAGUUCCUAGAGUUUGGAGGAUUUUACGACACCAAGAAACUUGUGUGGAAGAAUAUCAUGGAUGUGACCCUUUGUGGGGCGUGUGCUCCCAUGGGAGGUGGGAGGAACCCAGUCAGCCCAAGACUUCUCAAACAUUUCUGCAUGAUGGCCUUGCCUCAACCCUCAGUCCGCUCCCUGCAGCAUAUCUACCAAGUCCAACUGGGCCGCUUCCUGGAAAACCAGAACUUUUUGCCCGAAAUCCGAGAGCUCCUGACUCCCCUGGUAUCGGCGUCCAUCGCUGUUUACUACAAGAUGUGUGUUAAUAUGCUGCCCACGCCAGCUAAAUCUCACUAUACCUUCAACCUAAGGGACUUGUCAAAGGUCAUCCAGGGUCUAUUGCAAGCCGAUGAGACUGUGAUAACGUCAACUGACUCAGCUGCCUUGCUUCUAGCCCAUGAAGCCACUCGCGUCUUCCAUGACAGACUUGUCGAUGAGCCAGAUAGAAUCAGAUUCUUUGAGUUCCUGGCUGAUGAUCUCCAUAAUUACUUCAAGGUCAAAUGGACGCCUGAGAAGCUUCAUGAUGAGCCCAUAUUAUUUGGUGACUUCCUGGACCUGAACGCACCCUCCGUUGAUCGAGUUUACCGUCACAUCAGCGAUUAUGACAAGUUAGCACAGAUACUGGAGGAGUAUAUGGUGCGAGUGGACUAUGGCAGUGGGCAGGGUUCCCAACUCAUCUUCUUCAAGGAGGCCUUGGAGCACAUUGUGCGAGCCGCCCGUGUCUUCAACCAACCGGGCGGUCACAUGGUGCUAGUCGGCCUGGACGGAACGGGCAAGGCCACCACGGCCCAGCUGGCCAGCCAUGUGUCUGGCUGUGUGCUCUACCGACUGACCCUGACCCGGGGCUAUGGCCAGGCCGACUUCAGGGAUGACCUUAAGAAGGUGUUCCACAUCGCCGGGGUGCAGGACAGCAACACGGUCUUCCUGCUGACGGACAGUGAUAUCAUCAAGGAAACCUUCCUGGAGGACAUCAACUGUGUGCUGAAUUCCGGCGAGGUACCCGACUUGUUUGACAAUGAUGAUCUGGACUCCAUUACCAUGGACAUGAAGAGAGCUGCAGCAGAGGCCGAGAUUCCAGACACCAGGGAAGCCGUGUACCAGUUUUUCAUCCAGCGUGUGCGCUCCCGCCUCCACGUUGUCCUGGCAACCAGCCCGGCAGGAGAUGCCUUCCGUCAGCGAUGCCGGACCCACCCAUCCCUGGUCAACUGCUGCACUUUGGACUGGUUUGAUGAGUGGAGCGACGAGGCCAUGCUGAGAGUGGCUCACGUCUACCUGGGGCAGGUCGACUUCCAAGGCAUCAGUGGUGACCAGGAUUCCUCGAGUUUGAAGGACAACAUAGCCCACGUGUGCGUGAACAUCCACAAGGACAUCACCCAGCAGACAGUCAAGUAUUACGAGGAGAUGAGGAGACGAUUCUACAUCACUCCAAGUAGCUACUUGGAUCUUAUUAAGCUCUACUCUAACAUGCUGAGAGAACAGAAACAGCGUGUCAUGGAUAGCAAGAAUCGGUUGUUUAUCGGCCUAUCCAAGCUGUCGGAAGCUAACUCCCUAGUCGAUGCCAUGCAGGAAGAGUUGGUGAACCUGGGACCUAAGAUUGAAGAGAAAGCAAGGGACACAGAGUUGCUCCUGGAGCAGUUAUCCAAGGACCAGGAGGCAGUUGAUCAGGUACGAUUCAUCGUGGAGCAGGAAGAGGCUACCAUGCAGAGAGAAACGCAGAUUGUGCAAGACUACGCCGAUCAAGCCCAACAGGACCUUCAGUCCGUCAUGCCGGCCUUGCAGGAUGCCAUAGCUGCUUUGGACUCUCUGGAUAAAUCCGACAUCUCAGAGAUCCGCGUCUACACCAACCCGCCUAUCCUGGUCAAGCAGGUCAUGGCAGCCGUUUGUGUGCUACUAAGACACAAGCCGGAAUGGAGCACCUCCAAGCACCUCCUGGCCGACCCCAGCUUCCUUAAGAGACUGGUCAUGUUUGACAAGAACAGCGUGCCGGACAAGGUUUAUGGCUUACUAAAGAAGUACACCUCCAUGCCAGACUUCAUCCCAGAGAAAGUGGGGGAGGUAUCGUUGGCCUGUAAGUCCAUCUGCCAGUGGGUGCUUGCCCUGCAGCAUUAUGGAGAAGUCUGCAAGAUGGUGAAGCCCAAACAGAAGCGGGUGGAGGAAGCCAAGGAAGCCCUUAGUCUUGCCCAGGAGAGCCUCCAAGAGAAACAGGCCAGCCUCUUCAAGAUUCAAGAACACCUACGGUUGCUGCAGCAGCAGUACGAUGACAGCGUUGCACAGCGGGAAUCGCUGCGGGAGCGCAAGGCACUGACCACGCUGAGACUGAAGAGGGCGUCUGUCCUCAUCACAGCACUGGCUGGCGAAAAGAUUCGUUGGGAGGAUUCCAUGGUUGACCUAGAGUCCAAACUCAAAGGUGUAGUGGGCGACACCUUAGUCUCUGCUGCUAGCAUAGCCUACCUGGCGGUGUUCACCGCACCCUACCGCAAGGCCAUGAUUCAGAAAUGGUGGACGGCCUGCAAAGAGAAAGAGAUCCCUGUCUCUGAGGGGUACACGCUGAUUGGAGCUAUGACUGAGCCCAACACGGUGCGUAAGUGGCAGACGGAGGGUCUACCCCAGGAUGGCCACUCUACAGAGAAUGCCAUCUUUGUCAAGAUGGGCCACCGCUGGCCCCUAAUGAUUGACCCGCAGGGACAGGCACACAAGUGGAUCUGUGAGAUGGAAGGAUCAGCCCUCAAAAAAGUUGAAGCCAGUGACCCCAACUACAUGAGGACCCUGGAGACAUCAAUCCGUGUUGGAGAACCGGUGCUGCUAGAGAAUGUGACCGAGGUACUGGACCCCGGAUUGAGACCCAUCUUGAUGAAAGAGAUUACCCGUAAAGGGGGACAAGAUGUCAUCCGUAUAGGAGACACUGAAAUUGAGUACAACCAACACUUCAGGUUGUACAUGACGACAACCAUGCCAAAUCCUCACUACCUGCCAGCCGUCUGCAUCAAGGUCAUCCUGAUCAACUUCACAGUCACCUUUGAUGGAUUACAAGACCAGCUGCUCUCAACUGUCGUACAGCAGGGUAUUCCAAUUAGAAAGCGCUCAGAGACAAUUUACCAGAAAAAUAAAGAGCAACCAAUCUUGGAGCAACAGCGGGGAGAACUGCUGGAGAGCAUAGCUAGGGAUCUGACUAUGCUGCGAGACUUAGAGGACAAGUCACUCAGUCUGCUACAGAAAUCAGAAGGUCACAUCUUGGAUGAUCAGGAUCUGGUGGACACACUAGACAAGAGCAAGAGGAUGUCAGAGGAGAUACAGAAGAGAGUGGAGGAAUCGGAAGAGACGCAGCAGAAGAUUGAUCUGGCACGCAAGAAAUAUCUGCCGGUUGCCACCCGAGGGGCAGUAUUGUACUUCGUCUUGGCCGACCUAGCCGGCAUCGACGUCAUGUACCAGUUCUCUUUGCCCUGGUUCCAAGACAUGUUCCGCACGUGCAUCAACCUGGCCCACCACAACCCCUCAGACAGCCGCCCCUCGUCGGGAGGUGGGAGCAGCAAGCCCCUGAGUGGGCGUAUCCGCCCUUCCAGUGCCAGGAACAGCCCCGACCUUGUCAAGGGAGGGCCAGCCGGCCGGGAUUCUCCCCUGCCUGUUGCAGUGAAUCGAUCCAUGCUGAAAGGCCAGGAACUGACCAAGCACCUGAUGAAGAUGGUGGACUAUCUGACUGGCAGUAUAUACAGAGUGGUCUCCAAAGCCCUCUUUGCCCACCACCAGUUGGUCUUCUCCUUCAUGCUGUGCACCAGCAUCAUGCGCUCCAAUGCCCACGUGACCGACUCUGCUGGUCCCCCGGACGGCCUGACCCAGAUGGGUUGCAUCUCCCUGAAGGAGUGGCAGGUCUUCCUACAGGGCGGGGUGCUGGCAGCCAGCAUGGAUCCCGAGGUCCUGGAGAGGCACGACGGGCUCACCCCAAUGCAGCGGCUGGAGGCGGCCAACCGCGCCUCCAGUGCCACCAGCCGCAUCGCCAGUGCUGCCUCCCACCGCUCCUCUGUCUCUGCCUCCUCCGUGGACAGCCGGCCCAGCCAGACCGGGGGCCACACCUCCGUGCCGCCCAAGUGGAUUCCGGAGAAAGCCUGGCGGCAGUGCCAGUACCUGUCUGCAACCUUGGGGGCUUUCAGUGGGCUCUGCAUGUAUGUCUUGAACUGUGUGGACCAGUGGCAGGCAUUCGCUAAGGCUGAGGAUCCAUACAGGUUGAUUGCCAGCAAGUUUCAAUCCGAACACCAAGUGAGAGGCCCUGUUCCUCCAGACGCCAACCGUUCCUUGGGCAACCCUUUCAACUGGGAAGUUCUCCAGCCUUUCCAGCGUCUCAUUCUCAUCUCAGUGCUGCGUCCGGAUGCCCUGGUGUCAUCAAUCCGCAUGUUUGUAGAGGAUUUGAUGGGGGCAAAGUUCCUGUCAGCUGGCGGGUUUGAUAUGAAAGAAGUGUUUGAUGAGUCUAGCGCUAAGCACCCGCUCAUAUUCAUCUUGUCGCCGGGUGUAGACCCAACAGCCGAGCUGAUGCGUUUUGCCCGUGAACAGCGGGGCAGCACUCUCCACGUGGACAUGAUCUCCCUGGGCCGGGGCCAGGGGCCCAAGGCAGAGGAACUGAUCGCCAAGGCUCAGAUACUGAAGGGGCGAUGGGUGUUCCUGCAAAACUGCCACCUAGCCGCAUCAUUCAUGCCACGACUGCAGGCCAUAGUGGAAGGAUUCAGUAAGCCCAACGCUGAUAUAGAUCCCCAGUUUCGACUCUGGCUGAGCUCUAAGCCAGACCCAUGUUUCCCUGUGAGCAUCCUACAGACAGGAAUGAAGAUGACAGUGGAAUCUCCCCAGGGUCUGAAGGCUAACCUCCUGCGUUCCUUGAGCAGCACUGUCUCGGAGGACCUGUGGGAUAGUACCUCCCCUGGCCCUGCCUGGAGGGACUUGCUCUUUGGUCUCUGCUUCUUCAAUGCCGUCAUCAACGAGAGAAGGAAGUAUGGAGCAUUGGGCUGGAACAUCAUCUAUGAGUUCAGUGCUUCGGACUUGGAGGUAUCCAUCCAAGUGCUUCAGCUGUUGCUAACCACCCACCAGGACCCCCCUUGGGAAGCCCUGCGCUACCUGACUGGUGAGGUAGCCUACGGUGGACGAGUGACAGAUUCGUGGGAUAGGAGAUGUCUGAUCAGCAUCUUGAAUUCUUUCUACUGCCCCGAGGCACUCCAGCCGUCUUAUGGCUACUCCCCUGACAAGGUGUACCACCCCCUGCCGAGCAGUUUCUCUAUCACCGAGAGUCGGCAAUACAUCGAGGGCCUACCUGACACUGAUUCCCCGGAGGUGUUUGGCAUGCAUUCCAAUGCCGAAAAGGCCCAUAGAGAGAGUCAAACCAAGAGGCUGAUGGAUACUGUACUCAGUGUGCAGCCCAGACUGACAGCUCAGAUGAUAGGGACUGGCAAGAGCGAUGAUGAGAUUGUCUUGGAGCUUGCGGUCGACAUCCAGCAUCAGCUGUCUGUCAGCAUCCAAGGGGAUGAGGAUAAAGACAAGGAGAGCAAGGAGACGGGUCAACGGGCCAGGGCCAACACCCAAGGCAUGUUCCCUGGUUUGGGCUAUGGGAUGUCCACCACGGGAUUCGGCACGGGCAAGAAAACGGCCGCAGUCAAAGUUGUCCAAGAAGACCCAUUCAAUCAAGAUCCAGAGACACCCUCGGCCCUGCUGACAGUCCUGCGACAGGAGAUGGAUCGGUUCAACAGGCUCCUAUCCAUCAUCCACACCAGCCUAGCAGCUCUCUGCCUGGCUAUCAAGGGGGAAGUCGUCAUGUCGGAGACACUGGAGGAGAUGUACAAGGCUCUGCUUCAGCACAGGGUGCCCAAGACGUGGCAGCAAGCUGCCUAUGAAUCCUGCAAGCCCCUGGGCUCCUGGGUGGCCGACCUCCAGCGCAGAGUGGACUUCUUCAGCAAGUGGUCAGAUUUGGUGUCGGAGGCCAAGGAACGAAAGGCCAAAGGUCAAAACCAGCAGACAGCGGAGCCAGCCGACUUGGAUGCCCUGCGGGAACAGCCUCGCAGCUUUUGGCUGCCGGGGUUCUUCUUCCCUCAAGGUUUCCUGACUGCGGUUCUCCAGAACCACGCCAGAAAAGAAGGUGUGUCAGUAGAUUCAUUGACCUUUGACUUCAAGGUCAUGGCAGGGGUUGAAGACACUGAAGAGACACUCAGCAAUGUGGAGGAGCCAAUCAAUGUGAGAGAAGUUGCCUUCAAGGGUCCCAGCCCUCCUGCAGAUGGGGUACUUGUGUUUGGUCUGUUCCUGGACGGAGCACGCUUUGACCCAGCUACCUACAUGCUUCAGGACUCCAGACCAGAGGAGCGGUUCUGCCGUUUACCAGAGGUCCAUUUCAUCCCAGUCCAGGCUUCUCCAGAAGGAGUUGCCCCGCCCUCUGUCUCAUCAGCCGCACCCACCCCUAACCCCACCCAAGCAGAGGGAGUUCCCGCCUGGACCGGUGGCAUGUACGAGUGCCCUCUGUAUCGCACCUCGCAGCGUGCCGGCACCCUGUCCUCCACCGGUCACUCCACCAACUUUGUAACUGCCAUUCAUCUGCCUACGUCGCUCCCUGCCGAUCUGUGGAUCACCAGGGGAGUGGCACUGUUGUGCCAGCUGGACGAUUGAGUUGGAUUGAUGCUCCAAGAGUGCACAUGAGUUGUAAACUGUGCACAGCUGUCGUGUGCGUUGGUUAAAUUUUUACUACUUGCUCCUCUCUGUUUUAACCUAAUUCAGUCAGUCUCACUGCACAAGGUGUGGCUGAAGACCUGGGGGAGUAUUGUGCGUGUUGUGUGCGUAAAUGAAUUUAUGUUGAAACAGAAUACUAGCUUGGUGUGAUGAAGUGUAUAAAGCCACAUUAUUGCAUUUGAGAAUUGAGCUCUUUGGGUAUUAGAUUAGCAAAUCUCUGCCAAUGCAAUAAGUCGGCUCACGUUGACAGAUAGGCCAGCAUUUAUUUAUUGGAUUACGAACAUAGCAUGAAAUUUUGCAGGGUCCAAGGACAGAAAAAAAAAUAAAACUCUUGAGUUCCAUUUUUCCCCUACAAUUAACUUAUCAGAGGAGGAAAAAUAAAUUUAGUCCCCUUUUUUUCUCAAAACACUAGAAAAAAAAGACCAUCGGGAAUAAAAAAAGUGCCAAUUUUUUUUCUUUUUUCUUCUAAAAUUGCAUUAUUUGGAGUCGGCGGGUUCAUAAUUCAACUAAUGAAAAAUGCUGGCUGUAUUGUUCUUGCAUGUUGCGUUUGUAAUUGACAGUUUAUUUCAUUUCAUGUACAGUUGGCCAAGUGUUUCGCAUCAUAUGGAUCCAUUUUUAUUGCUUGUUUGUAAUCCAAAGUAUACCUUGUUUACUUUGUUUCUGUCCAAAUGAGAUUUCUUUUAUUUGAAGGUUUGUGGAUAUUUUUCAUAGAUGUAUAUGAAUAUAUAUAUAAAUACAUUACUGUGAUUUUCUUCUAGUGGAUUGAAAUAAUAUCGUGAAUGACAAGUGCCUGGUGAAAUCCGUCCAUAGAAUUUGCAAUGAAAAAUAUUCCAAAGUUUGUUACACCUCAAAUAUACUUGUAGUUUGCUCUCUACUGAAAACAGUCAAUAACUGAGUGAUAAACAGUGAGGUUUUGUCACUAAAACUUUGCCUGUGGUAAUAUCUACUGGAGGUUUAUUAUCAUUUUCAGAAACUCUCCAAUUUCGCGGAAUUUUUCUUCCGUUUUAUUUUUUAGUGGAUGAAUCCUUAAGCAAUUAUAACGAGAAAACCUUUGUUUUUACAAGCAGGCAACUUCAAAAUUUUCUAUAUAGGAACAGAUGACCUUUGUAUAUAUAUAUAUUCUUGGCCCUUCUGCCGUGCGUUGGUCAUACUUUCGUUGUAAUCCGUCCACUUGAAAUAAAAAGUGAUAAAGUAAUUACAGU